AUGAUAUCUGCAUCAUCCAAGGGAAGCUUGUACGAGUUCCAGAAGCUGCCCUAUAAUCCUGCAACAGCCAGAAGAACAGGAACGAUUUUGGAAACAACAUGGCUACACUUUAGAAGAUUUUUCUUUUUAAUUCAGUUUAUGUUCAAGAGCCUCCCAAUAUGGACAGAGCUCACGUGGCAGUGGUUAAAACCACCUGCUCCGAAAAGCAUUGCUGGAUGGACGGCCCUAGUUACCGGUGGAUCCAACGGAAUCGGCAAAGUGGUGAGCUUGGAGCUGGCCAAGUUCGGAUGCAACGUGAUCAUUGCUGACAUUGACGAGGAAAAUGGUCCAAAAGUAGUCAAGGAACUGACGAUAAAGUAUCGGGUAAGGGCAGGCUAUUUCAAAACAGACGUUGCGGAUUACGAAGCGGUGGUAGAAUUGGAACGGAAAAUUCGACAGAAUUUUGGCCAAGUAGAUCUUCUGGUCAACAACGCGGGUGUUCUUCCUUUCAUGGUGCCCGAUGAGUACAGUCCGGAGAACAUUCGAAGGAUGAUGGACGUUAAUGUGUUGAGUCAUUUUUGGACCACCAAAGUGUUUUUGCCGAGCAUGUAUCAUCGAGAUCGAGGACACAUCGUGGGCAUAGUGUCCCGCUCGGCCUACACCCCGACGGGGUACAUGCGAAACUAUGCCACCAGCAAGUAUGCUCUGCGUGGCUUCAUGGAGGACCUUCACGACGAGAUUUACCACGCGGGAUUCGAGAAUAAGGUCAUUACUACAAGCGUAUUUCCGGUACUGAUCAACACCAGGAAGGAAGUGAUGGAGCAUUAUUUAGAGCUGCCCGGCUUUGAAAAUAUGUCACCGAACAGGUUGGAUGAUGCGGGAAAGGCCAUAGUGCAAGCUAUCAGAACCAAUAGGAGAAAAUUGUUCGUUCCUGACAUUUUGAAACCUUGGCAAGUGGCUCUUUUCGAAGAUUUUCCAAGAAAAAUUACCCGACUCUUGGUGAGAGAGCUGUUUAAAUGAUAAUAUGUCAAAGGUUUUUAUUCAGACUUCACUAGAUGGAAGCCAUCUCGAAUGAUACCUACUCAAAACAUUGAAAUUCUUGGUUUAUG